AUGAAUGGAAGUGAAGAAUUGCCGCAAAACAGUGGUCUAAAUGAUGACAUGUCUGUAGACAUCACUCGUAUUAAGACUGAAGAGGAAGAUCCCAAUGAUAGUAAUCAAAACACGGAUCUAUUGAGUGAUAAGACGAAACGUAAGAGAAAAUUAGUGGUGAUUGGAGUGAAGAGACGGCGCCGAAGACGAGAGGAAUUGAUCGAUGAGUGCACUGAAGAAGAGAUGGAAGUAAUGAAACAGAAGUACAAGAAUAGAGAGGAUAUAUGGGAUGAGACGACCGGUCGGUUCGUAUGUCCAAAGAAUGGGUGCAACAGAUCCUAUGGUCUCGUCAAAGAUCUGUACAAUCACUUAAGAGCUAAUCAUCGGAUGCCAAAAAUAGGUUAUCCCACACAGGAGGCCAUCGAUGGUCACACACAACACGCUUUCGAUGCCACAACCAAUUUCUAUAUCUGUGCCGAAGAUAACUGUAAUCAGACUUUUGAGAAACAAAUGAAUUUCUAUAACCAUCUCAUCAGAGAUCACUCGAAACGCCGGCAAAUUGUGUGCAAACUCUGUGGCAAAGAGUUUCCAAAAACUCAAAACCUGACAACUCAUAUGAGAAGACAUACCAAUACUAAGCCGUAUUCGUGUCAUUUCAGUGGUUGUGAGUACCGGUGCUGUACGAAGACACAACUCACCCAACACCUGAGCACUCACUCGGACGUCACACCUUUUGAAUGCGAUUACAUGAACUGCAAUAAGAAGUUUAAAUCGCGAAAAAACCUGCGAAGACAUGCCUUAACGCACGACCCAAACGCUAAGUUUCAGUGCACUGUCGAGGGCUGCGACCAGUUGUUUAAAAACACGUAUUGGCGGUCAAUACACGUGAAUAGUGUCCACAAGGGUUUGCCCCCAGAGUUGUGCAAAAUGCCGGUCAAAAUGGUUCGGUGCGAUUGGCCCGGCUGUGAGUUUGUCAGCCACGCUAGCAGUACCGCAGUCCACAAAAGCAUACACACCGGUGAAAAGCCGUUUGCGUGCGAUUGGCCCAACUGUGGCAAACGGUUCCGUAAUUCUAUGAAUAAAAUUUGA